AAAGGAGAUGGUUCUGGUCCGAUUACCCUUCCUCAGAACUGAAUUUUAACACGUCCCUGCAUUAAAGGUAUUUAGUUUUGUCAGUUAUUGGAGAAAGGAAAGAAUACACAGAUACAAACAAGUGAAGCAAAGCAGAGACACGGGUACAGUGAAAUAGUGAGAGAUUAAACAGGCUGAGGUGGGCUUGCACUUGUGUACAGAGGCUGAGAUAAAUAGGCUGGACGGGGAGAAAUGAAACGGGGACAGAGUCAGAGAGAGAGAGAAAGAUAGAAACGGCGAUAGAGAGACAGCAGCACAAGGCUGGAGAUAGAAACAGCGAGCAACAUGAGAGGGAGACAGGCAGGGAGAGUGAGCAAUAAGGGGGGAGGCAGACAGCGAGAUUGAAAGCGGGGCACAGGCUGUCAGUGACACGGGGAGACAGACUCAUCGAUCAGUCCGUAUCAUUCACAGAGCGAGCAAAUCACCUUCCGAGAGAGACUGGGGAGGAGGGCAGAGAGGGACAGCUGAGGGCUAGAGGCACAGCUCCCAGCUCCCCAAGCAGCGGGCACACAGCUCACCUCCUGCCGAGACACGGGGCAUGUUACUCAGCGCCCUGGGGGGCGGUCAGUGAACAGGACACAGGCUCAGCCCGAACAGGGAGUCACCUGGACCAGGACUAACCCGGGGCAGGAGCAGAGAGAGGGAGAUGGCGGGGGCCGGACUGGUACAGGGCAGUAUGUCUUGGGCAGACUGGAUGACCAAGCUACCAGAGAGAAUGCAGACAGCCCCCCUCAGCACGUUGGCCAUUCCUGGCUCCCACGACUCAUUCAGCUUCUACAUCGACGAAUCGUCGCCAGUGGGGCCGGAACAGACGGACACAGUCCAGAACUUCGUCUCCGUCUUCGGGACAGUGGCCAAGAAGCUGAUGAGGAGGUGGCUGGCAACCCAGAGCAUGAACUUUAGGAGCCAGCUGCAGGCUGGCAUUCGCUACUUUGACCUGCGCAUCUCCACCAAGCCCAGGGACCCUGACAAUGAGCUCUACUUUGCUCAUGGGCUGUUCAGUGCCACAGUGAGGGAGGGUCUGGAACAGAUCAAUGCCUUCCUGGCAGAGCAGCCGCGAGAAGCUGUCAUACUCGAUUUCAACCACUUCUAUGGGAUGCAGAAAUGCCACCACGAGACGCUGAUCCGGAUGCUGAGGGAAUGCUUCCAGGAGCGGCUGUCUCCGGUUAUCUUUGCCCAAGAGGUCAGCCUUCAGUAUCUCUGGGAGAAGGGCUACCAAGUGCUGGUCUUCUACCACAACCCAGUGGCACUGGAAGUGACCUUCCUGUGGCCAGGCCAGAUGAUGCCAUCGCCCUGCCCGAACACCACUGACCCUGAGAAACUGAUCCAGUUUGUUCAGGCCUCCAUCGCUGACCGUCGCAGUAAGGGUACCUUCUUUGUCUCUCAACUGGUCCUCACGCCUAAGGCCAGCACGGUGAUGAAAGGGGUUGCCAGCGGACUGAGGGAGACCAUCACAGAACGAGCUCUCCCUGCAAUGAUGCAAUGGAUUCAGUCACAGAAACCAGGAGAAAAUGGAGUGAACAUUGUCACAGCAGACUUUGUGGAGCUGGGAGAUUUUAUUAGUGCUGUCAUCAGACUCAAUUAUCUCUCAGAAGAUGAUACAACCGAUGCAACUUAGCAAUUCUCUCAAUGUCCCCUCUCUCUACCCCAUGCCCUUCAAGCCAAUAUCCUGUUUGCUUUGAGCAGUGUUCCUGAUCCUUAUGUAAGGGCCUAGCUGUUAACUGUUGGUGAUAAAUUCUAGCCACACUCUUUCCCCUUGAGCACUGGGCUAGAUGGAGAUGUUCCUGAACCACCAUCAGCACCAUUCUGUGUUGGUCUGUCCGUUGGAUGAUAGUCCAAUCUCAGUUAGGCUGAGACACUGUUCCAUCUCCAAAGGCCAGGCUCGAGCUGACAGGCAGGUGUUGAGAGCUCACACAUCCCUUUAACCCAGAGAGAAAUGACCUCACCUUCGAAACCAGGUCGUGGGCCUAGUCCCAUCCCAUCAGCACCACCCCUCCCAGCCGGACCCUCUCCACCCCACAUCCUGUAGGAACAUUGAAAGGUCCAGUUUUCUCAGGACUCAGCUACAGACUGCCUAACAGCACCCAAAUACCACCCUCCCCACCCCUACAGUCACCCAGCACUGUUACACCUCACCCCCCCCCCCACCUCCCCAAACAUCACCACCCUCCCACACCGUCAUCCUUCCCCCCCCCCACCCCCGACACUGAACACAUGACAAUGGGGCCGGUUGUGCUGAGGGUAAUCCCAUAUCACAACAGGAGUGCGGGGUUUUGUGGGUGGGGGGGGCGUGUAAUAAACAAGGAAGGACAGAAUCUGGCUGGAAAGUUAUUGAACUCAGUGUUGAGUCCUCGAGGUUGCAGUGUCUGUCUGUGAAAGACGACCCUGAGCUACCAGUUUCCUGCCACUUUAACGCACCACCCUGUUCCCCGGUCAACAUCUCUGUCUCUGGCUUGCUGCGGCACUCCAGCGAAGCUCAGUGCGAGCUGGAAGAACAGCACCUCAUUUUCCACUUGGAGGAGCCCGCAGCCUCUAGGACUCAACAACGUGACAGCCUGAAUCCAUCCUGCCAUGUUUAUUACACGCCCCCACGCACCCCCCCGGUCCUGUACGGUACUUUUCACGAUGGUCAACCCAUUCUCUUCCUCUCUCAGCUCUCAUUAUCACUUCCUCAGCUCCUCUUCCCAGCUUACUAUCAACAAUCCCCUCGGUUACCAACCCCUUUCAUUUCUCCCUCCCUCUGAGCUCUGUCUUGCCCCUCUCCUCCC